AUGGAGCCUCUCUGUGAAAGUGUGGCGCAGACCAACGGUGGCACGGCGGCAAUGGGAACACCCGACGAUAAAGUGGUAAUUCCAACCGUCGGACAAACCAAGACUCAGACAGUGCUAGAUCAGGUCCUGCUAGCUGUGGCAAUGCCACGAAGGAGCGCUAAUACUGACCUUGUCCUUGCGGACAAAAAUAAAUUCGCUGGAGGAUUCAUCACCUGCCAGACUUUCUUUUGGGUGAUAACCUUGGGCGUUGGUCACCUUAUGAUUGGUCCUGCAGUACUGUCAGCUUACUCCUUCGAGUAUUCGAAAUGCGCUGAAGAGAUGGUAGAAGCCGACGAUAUCAAACAAUGAACGUAGAUUCUAUACGGGGUGAAAAUAGCAUGCUUAAGCUGCAGCAUCCGAAGUAGAUUCUACGCAGUUUUGC